AUGGAGUGUGCCUAAUGUAAAACAGGUGAGGACCUGUGUGCUUCUGCUCUGUCUGGGUGUGCCUGUAACUGGUUGUCCUUUAAGCAUCCAGGCGUUGUUUGACAUGAGCCAAAAUGACAGCCAUCCUCAUCCCUGUCACUCAUUUCUUUAUUUCCCUACGUUCAUAUUUUACCUCUGCUCAUCUGCACUCUGAAUUACUGCUUCUUCAUCAGACUUGGCCUGGGUACACAACCAGAACACACACUAGGUUUCUCAUAGAAAUAAGUCUCAAAGCCAAAUUUCAGUAAACUCCUAAUAUUUGUACAUAUCUUCCUUUUGUUUUCUGUGCUCCACCCUGCAUUAAAUCCUGAAAGGUCACAUCAACAUGUAGUUAAAUGACUUCAGCUCUCAGCUGUCACCUCUCAUGAGUUGUAAAUCCAUCUUGCUCUAAGCAGGGGCGGGUCCAAAGUUUUCUAUUUACUUAUCUGCGUGCUUCAACCAGUAGUUAUCAGACCUACAGGCAGCUGUGUCUGAUGUCUAAACAAGACUUGGAUUGAAGUCCAUCAAUCAUGGAUGCCAGCAGUGUGUCCGUGCUGUCCUACAGGAGGUCAAAACCAAUGGGGAAGGUGAGGCGACGGGUUCAAGACCUCCGCAUCCCCUCCUCCUCCUCUCACCGUGACUUCAUAGCCUGCAGACCCACGUUGGACCUGAGCCACAAUGAGAGCGCACGGCUGGCUGCGGACUCGCUGCUCACCCGGGGCUUGGAGGGAUACCAUGAGGUGCUGGACGCAGAGGGAGAAGUGGACUUUCUGUCGGAGCCGGAGAAGAUUUACUGCCUGAAAAAUGGGCUGGACGGCAUUACAGGUUGUGAAUGUUUGUUUUUCCUGUGUCCUAGGGCUGGGUUUAAAAAACAAAAAAAUAGUGGUUGCUGGUUGUAUUACUUUUUAUUUAUUUUAGCUUUAUGCUGGGUUUUUGUACUUCACGCAGCUGAUCCCAGAGCAUCUGAUGAUGAUGACAAAGAGGUAGAGAGCUCGUCUGCUGAGUCUCAGUGUGCCACACGAUGUCCUGCAAGUGAUCCUACGGUAACAAGUUUGGACCUGAAAAGCCUAAAAGAUUUGAAGAGGGCUGAUCGUGUCCUGGAUGAGUCUGAUGUUGAAGUUUAUUUCCAGUCUGACAGCAGGGCAGCUGGCAUGAAAGACAUGGUCAGAGAGUUCAUCAGAAAGGCUACAAUGGCCUUAGCCAUAGUGAUGGACAGCUUCAGUGAUGUGGAGCUGCUGUGUGACCUCCUGGAGGCGAGCAGGAGGAGGAACGUGUCCAUUCACCUGCUGCUUGAUCAUCUCAACCUGAACCUGUUCAUCAGGAUGUGGCAGGACCUCAACCUCAACAGCAAAAACUUCCCAAAACUGUCAGUUCGCAGUAUUGAGGGACAGACCUAUUGCGCCAAGACAGGCAGGAGGCUGACUGGUCAGAUUGCUGAGAGUUUUAUCAUCACUGACUGGACUGAAGUGCUGACAGGAUCAUACAGCUUCUCCUGGCUGUCCUGGCAGGUCCAUCGUAGUCUUGCUGUUCUUAUAAAGGGCACUGCGGUCAUACCUUUCCAUCAGGAAUUUCAGAGGCUAAACUCCAGCUCCAAACCAGUCACUGACUUUGUCACUUACAUCACUGUGCCUCACACUCUCCCUCAGUACAACACAUCACAGGCAGCGCAAAAUGAUCACGCUAAUGUCAGUAAGACGAAAUCAAGCCAGACCAAACAAGUGCGCCACAGGCCUCGGACUGAAGACACUCAAAACAGGCAGACAAAAACAAAAAUGUGGGUUUUAUCCAAUUUACAGAAUACAGAAUUAGAGUGUAGCAAAGCACACAGAGCCACUACUGGCACACAAAUGCAUGAAAUGCCUCUACAACUGUACCCAAAACCUCUGGUUCAACCAGGAGCACUGCAGAGUGUAUCUGUAGGAGCUGUCUGCACCCAGUAUGGUGCACAAACAGAUGUGGAGAGUCAAAACCAGAGCCUUUCAAACCCUUUCAGUCAGACCCACGUCUCAUUCAUUCAGUCUCAGCUCUCUAGCCUUACCGUCACCACUGCAGCUGAGAAGGAUGUGAGAGUUCAAGAGACAAACCCUCUCCAUAUUGCAUCGCCCACACACAGACAGCACAGGACUGUUGACUAUCAACCACCUCUCCAGAUUAAUUCAAACCUCAAGCACCAUAAUGUGGCUACUGAAGGUCUGUUCUUUGAGCAGAGGAACAUAGACAGAUUGAUAAAGUCUUUAGGGAUUGCUGCAGGUCAACACGCACAAAGUCGACAAUGGUACUGCUCACAAAACUUGAAGCCAAAGGCGGACUUUGAAUCUGAUCAUUCCAAAGUCUUGUCUCCUUCUACAUCACAGCAAAAAGAAGCAAAGACUGGCCUCCUGUUCCCUCUAACCCACCCAAGAGGGCACUUGUCUGGGCCACAAACAAAAGCGCCGCCCCUAGAAAGCAGAAGGCAGCCUCAGAAGCACCACCAACUACACCCAACUACAGAGGCUCCAGGUUCAAGUUCAGGACCAACAACCAUGGGUACUCAUCUUAAACCUCAGUUCCAGAUGGACGCCAAGCAAGAAACCAAAGGACAUCUACAGCAGCCUCCAAGAUUAAACUGGAUGCCUCAGAAUCAAACAGCAAGACCCAGACAUGUUGUUCGCCGUAACUCCUUUGACACCACCUACAGGACGGGACAGCAGGUGGGCUGGAGGCCGCUUCACAGCAACAUGAAUACAUCAUUAGAAAGGAGCAAAAAUAUGACUGACGUGACAGUCAGCAGGCUUCAAAGGAGCAGUUCUUUCCCCAAAUAUAACCAACAUCUGCCACCUGAAAAAUAAAGAAAGGUCCUCACACACAAGC